AUGCUUCUUCAUGAAUUUAAUAGCUCAGAUGGUUGGAAUUUGUGUGUAGAUAAAGAUCGAGCAAAAACAUAUUAUAAACGAAGUGGACAAGUUUCACAAAAAUAUUUUGGGACAUCAGGAACAAAUAGUGGUCAUGUAGAUGGUGCCACCGAUGAUGCUCCCUUGCAUGUGAUUAAAAUAGAAGGAGAGAUUGACGCACCAAUUUUUAAUUUAUUAAGCAUCUUGUAUGAAAUUGAUUUAUACAAGGAAUGGGUUCCACAAUUAGAUAAUUGUGGAGUCAUUAAAUAUUUGGGUGACAGCCAUGACGAGGCCAAUAUGAAAUUGUCACGCUUUAGAUUCUUGUCAUAUUUUAGCUUUUCACUUCCGUGGCCAUUGUCUUCAAGAGAUUCAAUUACAUAUGCCUUUGUUGUGGAUAGAUCUGAUUAUGAAGCAGAUCCAUCAAUUUUGGUAGUGAUUCGAGGAGCCACUAAGGACCACGACAACGCAGAAAUAAUAUCCAAGUAUGAUAACUCUGAACAUGUCAGAGUGGAUAUCGAUUAUUCUGGAUUUUUAAUUAGAAUGACAUCGGAACACUCGUGUCAUAUCUCGCUUAUUGCUGUAAGUAAGAAACGAUACUUGAAUAGUAUAUCAUAUUAUUUAAUACUUUCUGUAGAGCGUGGAUCCCAAAGUUUCUUUUGUUCCAUAUUGGUUACAAAAUUGGUUGACGACAAAUAUGAGCUAUUUAUUUCAAAAUUACGACAAGCAGCUGCCAAGGUCCCUAACUCUGUAUACAGCGAGAGAAUUAAAAACAAUGACCAAAUUUAUGGAGAAAUAACAAGAAAGCUUUCAAAAUUUAUCAAGAAAUAA